UUUAUCAUUUUCGUUCUGAUUUCGUGAUCGUAUCGUCACCGGCGAGUUUGGAAACUGUUUCACAAUGCUGAGCUGCAUGAAAACGGAGCUGAAGGAGACGUACGCUUGCGUGCCGUCGACGGAGCGUGGGCGGGGAAUCCUCAUCUCCGGAGAUCCGAAAUCGAAUUCCGUCCUUUUCUGCAACGGGCGAUCCGUGAUUCUCUGGCGCCUCGAUCGCCCGCUCCAGGUCGCCGUCUACGCCGAGCACGCCUACAAUGUCACCGUCGCCCGCUACUCCCCCAACAGUGAGUGGAUCGCCUCUGGCGAUAUCUCCGGCAUCGUCCGCAUCUGGGGCACCCGCAAUGAAUUCGUUCUCAAAAACGAGUACCGAGUGCUCUCCGGCCGUAUCGAUGAUCUCCAGUGGUCCCCCGAUGGAAUGCGUAUCGUUGCCUGCGGUGAUGGAAAGGGCAAAUCGUUCGUACGCGCCUUCAUGUGGGAUUCAGGUUCAAACGUGGGAGAAUUUGAUGGCCACUCAAGGAGAGUUCUGAGUUGUUCAUUUAAGCCGACAAGACCUUUCCGUAUUGCAUCGUGUGGAGAAGAUUUCUUGGUGAACUUUUAUGAAGGACCACCUUUUAAGUUCAAGCAAUCUCUAAGACAUCAUUCAAAUUUUGUUAACUGUUUGCGGUUCUCUCCGGAUGGUAACAAAUUCAUUAGUGUAAGCUCUGACAAGAAGGGCAUACUCUAUGAUGCCAAAACAGGAGAAAAAAUGGGCGAGUUAUCUUCUGAAGAUGGUCACCAAGGCAGUAUAUAUGCUGUAACUUGGAGCCCCGAUAGUAAACAGGUGCUAACUGUGUCGGCUGACAAGUUUGCAAAAAUAUGGGACAUAUCUGAGGAUGGAAAUGGGAAGGUGAAUAAAACAUUAUCUUGUCCUGGCUCUGGUGGAGUUGAAGACAUGCUAGUUGGGUGUCUCUGGCAGAAUGAUUAUCUUGUAAUUGUUUCUCUUGGUGGUACAAUCUCCAUCUAUUCUGCAAGUGAUCUGGACAAAGAUCCUAUGUCUUUCUCUGGACACUUAAAGAAUGCUAAUUCAUUAGUUGUGCUGAAAAGUGACCCAAAACUUAUAUUAACUAGCAGCUUCGAUAAUUUAAUUGUUAAAUGGAUUCAAGGCACUGGUUACUGUGGAAAAUUAGAGAAGAAGGUGAAUUCCCAGAUCAAAUGUUUGGUAGCUGCUGGAGGACAACUUGCUUCAUUUGGAUUCAACAAUAAAAUUUGGAGAGCAUCUCUUGAAGGAGGUCAAUGCUGCAAUGAAAAUGAAGUUGAUGUUGGAAAUCAACCAAAGGACGUGAGCCUUGCUCUUGAUUCACCCGAGCUGGCUAUAGUUACGAUUGAGACAGGCGUAGUUCUCCUUCGCGGGACAAAUGUGUUGUCAACCACCAACCUUGGGUUUACUGUGACAGCCUGCGCAAUCUCACCAGAUGGAACUGAAGCUAUUAUUGGCGCCCAGGAUGGUAAACUGCGCGUAUACUCUGUAACAGGCAAUACUCUCAAAGAACAGGCCAUCCUGGAAAAGCACCGUGGACCUAUUACUGUGAUCCGGUACUCCCCAGAUGUUUCCAUGUUCGCCUCAGCAGAUGCAAACCGAGAGGCUGUUGUCUGGGAUCGUGCCACUCGAGAGAUGAAGCUUAAGGAUAUGUUAUACCACACUGCAAGAAUAAACUGCUUGGCAUGGUCCCCUGACAGCACUAAGGUAGCAACUGGCGCACUAGACACGCAUGUCAUCAUUUACGAAUUGAGCAAGCCCCCGUCUGAUCGAACUACUAUCAAGGGAGCUCAUCUAGGUGGGGUGUAUGGACUUUCUUUUACUGAUGAUCAUAGUGUUGUGAGCUCUGGGGAGGAUGCUUGUGUUCGCGUUUGGACUCUAACCCCGCCAUAAUCAAGAUUUCUCAGGUGAUAAGUGCAGUCCUUUGCACAUUACUUUUGAUGUGUGAUCAAUUGUGAGCAUGAAAGCGGUUGGUCCCAAGAACACAUCCUAGUUUUUUGUUUUGUUUUUGUUUUUGUUUUUUUUUUUUAAUCAAUGAAGUAGUGAAUUAAUGUUUUCCUGGAGAUGUUGGGGGUAUUUGAAGUUAGCUUUCCUCUGUGGCAUCACAGCAAACCUUCUAAUUUUUGUCAAUCCACUGGAAAUUAUGUUUCAACGUUUGCUUUCUAUGUAUAGUUUUCAUGUAGAAAUUUUUUA